GCCCUACCAUCUGAAGUACACGGGGCUCAUCCUCACCUGGUGGGGCGGCACGUACUGGGGGCUCAACGUGGCGCGGUACGGGCCCCUCGCGAAUAGCGCCUGGGUCGCGGCCAGGACCGCUGGCGGGGUGGUCCUCCUCGCGGCAGGUGUCUCCGGCCUGAUCCUCGCCGACGGCGUGGCUGGUUGGGGGCCUUGGCCGAGCUACUGGCUCCUCGGUGCGCCUCCUCCUCCUCCUCCUCC